UCGAACUGGCAGACGUGCGCUUACAUCCGACGAAACAAGUUCUGAAAUUAACGUACACGGGCGGCUCUUAAGUUUGAUAUCAAAGCAAAGUAUUUAGGCAAAAUCACAAAAAGUUGAGAUACGGUUUUAAAAAACAGCCUUCAGUAUGGGGGACAUGUUCCGUAGUGAGGAGAUGGCGCUAUGCCAGAUGUUCAUACAACCUGAAGCGGCUUACACAUCCGUUUCGGAGUUGGGUGAAACCGGUUGCGUGCAAUUUCGCGAUUUGAACAAUAAUGUCAAUGCUUUCCAACGUAAAUUCGUCACGGAGGUGCGUCGUUGUGAUGAACUCGAACGCAAAAUACGUUACAUUGAAGCCGAAAUUAAAAAAGAUGGCAUUGUUUUAGCCGAUAUUAUUGAUGACAUACCACGCGCACCCAAUCCAAGAGAAAUCAUUGAUUUGGAAGCUCACUUGGAGAAAACUGAGAAUGAAAUACUUGAAUUGGCUCAAAAUGAAGUGAAUCUGAAGUCUAAUUACUUAGAAUUGACUGAAUUGCGUAAAGUACUUGAGAAUACGCAAGGUUUCUUCUCAGAUCAAGAAGUGCUCAAUUUGGACUCAAAUUAUCGUGCUCCUGGUGUUGAUGACGCCACUGCUCAAAAUCGUGGUCGUUUAGGUUUUGUUGCUGGUGUUAUAAAUCGUGAACGUGUUUUUGCAUUUGAACGCAUGUUAUGGCGUAUUUCACGUGGUAAUGUUUUCUUAAGACGUUCCGAUUUAGAUGAUCCCUUGAAAGAUCCCACCACUGGUCAUCCGAUUUACAAAACCGUUUUCGUUGCUUUCUUCCAAGGUGAGCAAUUGAAGAAUCGUAUCAAGAAAGUUUGCACUGGUUUUCAUGCAUCAAUGUAUCCAUGUCCAAGUUCUCAUACUGAACGUGAGGAAAUGGUUAAAGGUGUACGUACACGUUUGGAAGAUUUAAAAUUGGUAUUGAGUCAAACUGAAGAUCAUCGUAGUCGCGUUUUGGCCACUGUUUCUAAAAAUUUGCCAUCAUGGUCAAUUAUGGUCAAGAAAAUGAAAGCAAUUUAUCAUACGCUCAACUUUUUCAAUAUGGAUGUAACUAAGAAGUGCCUUAUCGGCGAGUGCUGGGUACCGACGAAAGAUUUGCCAGUUGUGCAAAAGGCACUUUCAGAUGGCUCAGCUGCUGUGGGCAGUACUAUACCGUCGUUUUUAAAUGUUAUUGAAACAAAUGAACAACCACCAACAUUUAAUCGUACUAAUAAAUUUACACGGGGCUUCCAAAAUUUGAUUGAUUCAUAUGGUGUUGCAUCCUAUCGUGAAUGCAAUCCAGCCUUAUAUACUUGUAUUACUUUCCCAUUCUUGUUUGCUGUUAUGUUUGGUGAUUUGGGCCAUGGCAUAGUACUCUUACUAUUUGGCGGUUGGAUGGUAUUGAAUGAGAAAAAAUUAUGUAGAACUCGUGGUGGUGAAAUUUGGAAUAUAUUCUUUGGAGGACGUUAUAUUAUCUUGUUGAUGGGCUUAUUUGCUUGCUAUACUGGCUUUAUAUACAAUGAUAUUUUCUCCAAGUCAAUGAACAUAUUCGGCUCUACAUGGAAAAUUCGUUAUAAUACAUCUACCGUUUUAGAAAAUCCGUCUUUACAAAUGGAUCCAAAAUAUGCAGCGUUUGGUGUUUAUCCUAUUGGUCUAGAUCCCAUUUGGCAAAUGGCAGAUAACAAAAUUAUUUUCCUCAAUACAUACAAAAUGAAGCUGUCAAUUAUUAUUGGUGUCUUGCACAUGGUGUUUGGUGUUUGUAUGUCUGUUGUGAAUUUCGUCUAUUUUAAACGUUUAUCCAGCAUUAUUCUCGAAUUCGUGCCACAAAUACUCUUCCUCUGCUUACUCUUUGGUUACAUGGUCUUUAUGAUGUUCUUCAAAUGGGUUAGAUAUUCUGCUGCAGCGCCAAUACAGGCAGAUACACCUGGCUGUGCACCAUCAGUAUUGAUUAUGUUUAUCAACAUGAUGUUGUUCAAACCAUCACCAAAAGUAGCAGGCUGCGAUACAAAUAUGUUUGAAGGACAGCCUGAUGUGGAGAAGCUUUUCGUUUUAGUGGCUUUAAUUUGCAUUCCAUGGAUGUUAUUGGGCAAACCGCUAUACAUUAAAUUUACACGCAAGAAUAAAGUUCAUGCCAAACACAAUGGAGAAUUAACUGCCAAUAUAGAACUCUCAGAUGGUGAAACCCCAUUACCAACGUUGAGUGCCGAAAGUCAUGAAAGUAGUGGUGGCGGUGCUCAUGGUCAUGACGAUGAGCCCAUGAGUGAAAUUUUCAUCCAUCAAGCAAUACACACAAUCGAAUAUGUGCUCAGUACUAUUUCUCACACAGCUUCCUAUUUACGUUUGUGGGCUUUAUCCUUGGCGCACGCACAAUUAUCUGAAGUAUUGUGGAACAUGGUACUUUCUCUGGGUCUAAAGAUGCAUGGCUUUCCUGGCGCUGUAGCUUUGUUCUUUAUUUUCGGUGCUUGGGUUUUAUUCACUUUGGCUAUAAUGGUCAUGAUGGAAGGCCUUUCAGCUUUCUUACACACACUGCGUUUGCAUUGGGUGGAAUUCAUGAGCAAAUUCUAUGAAGGAUUGGGUUAUUCAUUCCAACCAUUUAGCUUCAAAACCAUUCUGGAUAGUGAAGAUGAAGAAUAGAUAAAUUAUGUGUCAAUGUCUCAAUUAUUUUAUCAUUCUUUUAUUAUUUCAGUAUUGUGGUACUCUUCCCACAUAUUUUAUUAAUAUUAUUAUUAUUAUUAUUGUUUCUUAUUAUGUUGAAAAGUUACGUUUGUUAAACUUGUUAAAUUUGCAUCGAAUUAUUCGUCCAUUUUAUUGUAGAAAUUGUAUACAAAUUUUUAUGAUAUUAUCUUGAUAUAAAAGUAUUUUUGUUCAGAAAUAUAUUUUUAAAAUAACAUUAAUAAAAUAAUAACAAAUUUAUGAAGAGAACAGC